CAAGAAGCGCAUGCUGUUGCCCGAGAUCGUCUCCUUAAAUCGAAAGAAAAGUCCAAACAGUCUUAUGACCGAGGCGUUUCCCAACAGAACCUCAGUGUAGGCGACAAAGUUUAUAUGAAAGCGUCGGGAACACAAAACAAACUCAGCCCGCUUUGGCAUGGACCGUAUGAGGUCCUGGAACUCUUAGACAAUAAUGUUAAUAUAGCAAUUAAGCGGAGGGGCAAACGUCAAAUUGUACAUCGAAAUCUUGUUAAAUUACAUUACUCAUAAGACGAUUAUUUUCUCUUUCUCUCAGGAUACCAGUAUACGCUGAACUUCAAGAAUCAUUUCCAGCCGUCCUAGCUAACAAAAUAUCAUUUCCAAACCAUACAGGAAUGUAUUAUGAAUAUCAAUCAAAAUCCAGACUCUCAAAUUUCGAUUGGUCUUUAAUAACAUUCGUUGAUCUUUCAUCUUAUGAAUCGAAAUUCCAGAUGUUAUCCUCAUGGUAUAACGAAACUACUCAAGUUUGCAGCAAUUUAAAGCAAAAACUCAGUAUGUCCGAAUUCUCGCAAGCUUGUCAACAAUUUGAACAAGCCACUUUGCCGUAUCUUUUCGAAAUUGAAGCAAACCAUGAUAGUAUUUGGUUAGGAUUGGGUCUAAAUACCUCAGGCACUCACAAAAGAGUAAGAAAAAAUAUUAUUACAAAAGGAGCGGAAAUUCUUUUUGGUAGUAAUCCAUUAUUCAAUACUGAGUCCAUCUUCCAGAAAAUUAUCGAAUUCGUUAAAACUAAAGUUGUAGAUACGGACUUGACUAACAACAAAAUCCGUCUGUUACAGACAUCUACAUCAGAGAUUACUAGAAAAGCUAGUGAUCUCUCUGCGCAUCAGAAUAAAAUCGAGACUAACAUCAAAAUCCUCAGUAGCCAAGUCCAGAAAUCUAUGCAAACAGUGAACAUCUUGUUAACUAAAACUACAUUGAUAGAACAAUCACUUUUAUUUACAAUACUCCUGAAUCAAUAUGCGUAUGAAACUCAAUCACUUAUUGCAAUUCUCAACUCUGCUAUGCAUGGCAGAAUACAUAGCACAGUUCUACCACCGUCCAAAUUAUUACGCGAACUUCGUGAAAUCCAACUAACCCUUCCGACAGGUACUCAAUUACCUCUAACGCCUAGUAAACAGAACAUCCCGAAAUAUUUCCAAAUCUCGACUACAACGGUCCUAACAAAGGAUAAAUUCCUUCUGUUUUCACUCACUUUUCCAAUAGCGACGAUUGACGAAUAUACUCUUUAUCGACCUGUUCCCUUACCACAUUAUGUAAUUAAUAAUAAUGCUAUACUUAUCUCACCUACUGCUGACUACAUAGCGUUAAGCGACGAUAGCGAAUUCUAUUUUACUUUAAACACCGCUCAGCGUGAAGCAUGUCUAGUUUUACAACCGUAUACAUUAUGUAAGGGCAACCUGCCAAUUAACCACAAAGCAUCAUCCAAAUUAUGUGAAAUAUUAUUACUAAAAUCUCCACAAACCAUCCCUAACUCUUUCUUAUAA